AUGAUCCCCAAGGAACAGAAAGAGCCAGGGAUGGCUGUCAUUGGGGACCUUGCUGGACCAGUCCCUUUCUUGGACCUGGGGAAGAAGCUGAGUGUGCCCCAGGACCUGAUGAUAGAGGAGCUGUCACUGCGCAACAACCGUGGAUCCCUCCUCUUCCAGAAGAGGCAGCGACGGGUGCAAAAGUUUACCUUUGAGCUUUCCGACAGCCAGCAGGGGGUUGCCAAUAGCUUGGAAGAGAAGACCUACAGUUCCAAGUUGCAUGUGUUCUCGGCCUCGCCCGAGGGCCCUGGAGGUGUCCACCCGGCAGCUUCCCCAACUGAGCGAGUCCCAAGUCCCAGCGCCCUGGCACCAGGUUAUGCUGAGCCACUGAAGGGCAUACCUCCUGAGAAGUUCAACCACACAGCCAUUCCCAAGGGCUACCAGUGCCCAUGGCAGGAGUUCAUCAGCCACCAAGACUAUGCAAGCAAUGGUCAAAAUUACAUACCCAACUUCCGCAAUUUUAGGAACUUCAACAAGACUCCUGUACCGUUUGGAGGACCCCUUUUUGGGGUGACCAUUGCCCAGGCAGGCACUCCUUUUGUCCCAGAGCCCUUCAGUGGCUUGGAACUCCUCCGCCUCAGACCCAGUUUCAACAGGGUUGCUCAGGGAUGGGUCCGCAAGCUCCCAGAGUCGGAGGAACUAUAG